AACCAGCCCCUCCCUUUGCACAAACAUCCUAUGCUCCCUCUCUGGAACCACAUCAUGCUCCUCCACGCUCACCGCACCUCUGCACCAACCCUUGCUCCUGCAGCAACCCUCACCGCACCUCUGCACCAAAUCCCCUCACCUCUGCGCCCUGAUCCCCUCUCCUCUGCACCCAGAUCCCCCCUCCUCUGCGCCCCACUGCCAGCAAUCAUACCUCCCUAUGCCCCCUCCUACGCCCCGCCUUGCUCUGCACUCUCCCCUCUGCACGCUUGAUCUUGUAAUCAUACGUCUACACGCCCUACCCCCUGCGCACCUGCACCCUCCUCUGCCCGCGCCUAGAUCCCCUACUGCUGCGCCAAAUCCAGAUCGUCUACACCCAUCAUCGGCAAUCAUACACCCUACACCCCUCCUUUGCACGCCUACUUCCCCCAAUCAUGCCCCUGCACCGAGCCUACACACUGCUGUGCCCCUGUUCUGCAAUCUGCUCUGCGCCUUGUCCUGUCUUUCAGCAAGAUGCCGCACACCUCAGACAAAAGAAAAAAGAGCCUAUCCUUGCCUCACCUGUAGAAGAAUAGCGCACACCAGCUUUCUUGGCUGUUCUGUAGGGCCAGGUUUGGCCUCAUUCGAUCAACGAUGGAAGGAAAAAGAGAAAAAUUGAAGGGUUGGGAUGAGGAGAGAACAAGGGAGUUUAGGGUUUCGUUUGAUUUUUGUAUAAAUAGGAAAGGAUCGGUGAGUUUAAGAGGUUUUCUUGGUUUUUGAGUGUGGUAUUGACGACGGCCUAAAGGAGUGUUUUUCUGUUGAAAGAAGAUUGGUGUUUAAGAAAGGAGAUUUACGGGCUGCAAGAGGUAUAGCUCUGAACAGAGGAUUUUUGUUGGGAAAAUGGUGAAGGAGAUGGUGGAAGCUUGAUCCCGUGGGUGGGAUUCCUUCCAUCAAAUCCAGAUCUCUCUUUUUUUCUUUCAAAAAUCAAUCGUGCUUGUUUUGAUCUUUCAGUGGAUCUUUGCUUUUUUUUUUUUUUUUGUUAAGAUUCUGUAUGUUUUGUUGGAAAAUGAAUGAAAAAAAAAAAAAAAUUGUUCAGUUUAUUUUCUAAUGAAUGUGUUUUUCUUUA